AUGACAAUGGAAGAGUUGGCGGGAACGCUUUACGAUAGUCUUCGAACGAAAAUCAUGACAUUACCAGAUGAAACAAUCGUUUAUCCUGGACACGGAGCAGGAAGUGCUUGUGGUAAAAACAUGAGUAAAGAAACGAUCGGAUCGAUUGGAGAGGAGAAGCGAACAAACUACGCAUUGCGUGCGGAUAUGACACGUGAGGAGUUCGUGAAAGAAGUAACCGAUGGAUUGUUACCUCCACCAGCUUAUUUCCCACUGAAUGCUGCGUUGAACAAAAUGGGAUACGAGCACAUCGAUAAAGUAUUGGAGAAAGGAGAAAACGCAAUGUCACCGAAUGCAUUUGAAGUAGCAGCAAACGAAACAGAAGCGGUGGUGUUGGAUGUACGUCACCAGAAUGAUUUCGCAAAAGGACACAUUCCACGCUCCAUCUUCAUCGGAAUUGAUGGAAGUUUUGCACCGUGGGUAGGAGCAUUGAUCAAAGACGUAAAACAGCCGAUCCUAUUGGUUGUUGAGCAAGACAAAUUGCGAGAAGUGGUAACACGUUUGGCGCGCGUUGGGUUCGAUAAUGUGAUUGGAUACCUGGAAGGAGGAUUUGAUGCAUGGAAAGCAGCGAACAAAGAAGUGGAUACAGUAGAAAGUAUUUCCGCAGAAACGUUUGCAUCCAUCGUGAAAGAAGGAAAUGUGAGUGUGAUGGACGUGCGUAAAACAUCUGAAUACGCUUCAGAACAUGUAAUCGAUGCAGAAAACGCACCAUUGGAUGAUUUGAACGAUUAUUUGGCAAUGUUCAAGUCCAAUGAGAAGAAUUAUAUUCACUGUGCGGGAGGAUACCGAUCUAUGAUCGCAAGUUCAAUCUUGAAAUCUCGUGGAAUUCACAACCUUGUGGAUGUUCAAGGUGGAUUUGGAGCUAUUAAAACAACGGACAUUCCAGUUUCAGACUACGUGUGUCCAAGCGAAUUGUAA